CAAAAUUUCAAAACGAAUGUUUAUUUUCUGCAUCGAGUUUUGAUCAUCAAAAUCUACAAUAAAUAUUGUAGAUCGUGUACUCACAUUAUAUAAAUAGUUUUGUGUAACUAUAAAGAAGGCAUGGAGUCAGCAAUGGAUGUUAAUAUGGCUAAUGACGAGUGGGAGCUGAGUAAGGAAAAUGUGCAGCCUCUCAAAACUGGUCGAAAAUGUUCAAAUUUGAAUGCUGCAUUGCAGCCACUUGGAGAUAAGAAUAUUAAAGAACAAAAGCAGAUGUUCGAGACAGAGAUAAGAAUGUAUCAAGGGGAUGAUCCAUAUGACACUUGGCAUAAAUACAUCAAAUGGACUGAACAGAACUUUCCCAAAGGAGGGAAGGAUGGUAACUUGCAGCAUCUAUUGGAGACUGCAGUCCUUACAUUCAAAGAUGACGCCAGGUACAAGAAUGAUGAACGUUACUGUGAAACCUGGAUUAAACUGGCAUCAUUGUGCAAUGACCCACUGGAUAUCUUCAACCAUAUGUUUAGUCAGAGUCUUGGCUCAAAGGUGGCGCUGUUUUACAAGGCAUGGGCUGAUCAUUAUGAGAAACUGGGCAACUCACGAAAGGCUAAUGAGAUCUACCUAAAGGGAUUUGAACUACAAGCUGAACCUCUACAGAGGCUGGUUAAACAACAUGAAGAAUUUCAAGCACGUGUUUCUCGUUCAGUCAUAGAGGGGGCAGGUGAUCCCGUAGAAGAACCCAUGGAACAGGACCAAAGAAAUGCCCUCACAGCAUUAAAGGGGAAAGGCAAGCAUCAGGUGAUUGGACCUAACAGGGUUGGAGGAGCCAAGCUUGGUAACAAAGGGUUGGGUCGACAGUCGAAGCCUCUCCACCAAUCCAACACUGGGGCAGGAUUCACCAUCUUUAAUGAUGAGAACAGCACCUCAGGGAACUCCCUACCCCCACAGACUGGAGAAUAUGUCAGUGUCCCCACCCAGAGUAAAUCCAACAGAGAAAAUAUACAAACCCCGUCACAAUGGAAUAAAGCCAAGAUGUCCCAGAAGACGACAAGCAAUGUUCCAAUCAAUAAAGUCAAUGAGUACAAUAAGCCUGCCUUUAGUGUUCACGUUGAUGAUGACGCUGACCAGCCUAUGAUGACUCCAAGGAAAGGUCCUGAGGUCAACACACAAGUUUUAAGCGCACGUAAGCCUAACAAGGUUCAACCAGAUGUGAUGCAAAAUAUCCAAAAAGCCGUCAUUAACGACCCUGGAAUGAGACCUAUGUAUUGUAAGAGUAAAAUCUAUGCCGGGAAUGAUGAGUUUUCAUUUGAAGAGCUCCGAGCUGCGAGAUGGAAAGCAAAGCAAAAAGAGAAGCAAAUGAAAGCUGAAAGAGAAGAAAUGCAGUUGCUACAGAAACAACUCCGAGAACAACAAGAAGCAAUCCGAUUACAACAACAACAAAUGGAAUUGAAACAACAGCAGUUCCUAGAACAACAAAGGCUACAGAUGCAACAGCAGCAGCAGCUGUUAGAAAAUGAAAGACUAGCUCAACAACAGAAAAUAGAAGCUCUAGAGGCCCAACGUUUACAACAACAACAAAUUCACCAGAAACAAAUGCAACAAAAACAGUUACAAAAACAGCAACAAUAUGUACCUGACAACAGUCGCCUUGACAACACUGCUGCUUUGUUACAGCCCCAUAGUUUGGUUGAAGUUUCUUCUUGCCGAGACCCACAUAUUUCUAAACAACUCCUAUUCAAUGACAGUAUAAACAGUACAAGCACCAACCCAACACCUCAGAAUAAAUCAAAUGUGACGUUAAACAGCAGUAAAUUUACACCAAAUCUCAGCAACCAAUCAGGCAUUAGAAAUAGCGUGACAUCAUCAGGGACAUCACUUUCCCAAGGACCAACCCCAGAUAGUUCAUUUAACCCCUUCAAGAUGACACCCUCACGAGGGGGUCUGACUGCACCAAGUCCUACUGUAAACACCAAGGAAGCAAUGCAUGUUGUCAUGGGGAUGUGGAACAAGUCCUUGAAUAUUGAUAAUGACCUUGGACUCGGACUGACAAACUAUGAAACUGCUGCAAAAGAUUCAUUUGAAGCUGAGUUUGAGGAUAUCACUUGCAAUAAAGGACCAUUCAGUCUAGCUGGAGCUGGUUCAGCCCCUUUCAAAAUCUACGAUGAAACAGCCCAAGAGCAGCCUCCGCCCGAAGCUGCCCAAAUCUCAAAUCCCAUGGAUGAUAUAGAGAAUUGCCCCCCUUCAGGGCUAGCGAAACAAGGACAGAGGGCGCCACUAGGGGGUGCGUUUCAGAUUUUCCAUGACCCAGAGAUCCCUGAUGCUUUGGGGCCUACAUAUGAAUAUCAAGAGAAAAUGAAAGAUCAUGAUGACCAAGAAAUGGAUGGAGUUGAAAACUUUGCGGAAUCUGAUUUCACGUUCAACCCCAGUUCCAGCUCAACUUGUAACUUUACUGGAAUGGCCCAUCUAGCAUCUACCCCCUUCAACCCUGGCAAUGAAAACAACCCCCUCCCAGAGCCACCUAUUAGUAAAAUCCGUGCAAAGGAUCCAUCAGAAGAAAACCAGAUGGGGGAUUUUCGUUCUCCUUUGGCUGAUGAAAGCCUGAUUGGUGGAGCUGCAAUUGAAAAUGCGCAAGCUCCAGCUUUUGUUAUACAUCAGGAUGAAGUUCAGACACCAGCUGCGACAUCACACAUUGAUAUGUCCGCACCUGGCUCAAAGACCAGUCCCUUGAGCCCCAUUAUUGAGCGAAGUGACGAGGAUCUGAAACAUUCAUCACACGGCAGCAGCGUUGCCUCACACAACUCAACAUCGGGUACUACACUCUCAAGCACACACCACACAACAAACCUGACUCAUCACAGAGAUCCUGCACUCCCAGAAGUUGAAGAGAACCCCAUUGAAGAAGACAAUGAUGUACUUAAUACAACUCGUCAGAAAAUCAAUGAGCCUCAACACCACAUUGAUACAUCAAUGUAUAUCCCACCAGAAAUGGAUAAGAAGACUGAAAACAUGUUAUCCAUGUCAAUUGCUAUUGAUCCCCUAGAUCCUUUUGACGAUGAUUUGAUCAAAAAGUUUUUGUCGAAGCUUACAACACCAAUCACCAAAUAUGAUGAGUAUUGUGCAGUGCCAGAAAACCUGCCUGUUAUCAAGGCAGGACAUGCUUUUAGUCUAGGAGAUGAAUGUUACAAAGCUGUGCGGUGUAUUGGGGAAGGUGCAUUCGCCAAAGUCUACCAAGUGUAUAAUCUUAACUCUGAGGAUCUCGAAGACCUCGAUAGCACUCAUCAGGAGAAAUAUGUCAUCAAGCUUCAGAAACCUGGCAGUCCAUGGGAGUUCUAUAUCUGCACUGAACUUCAGAGACGACUGCAACGUCUGAAUGACCCCAUUGAUAUGUGCCCAUCUAUGAUGUCAAUUGACCGUGGCUAUUUCUACAAUGAUGGCAGUAUACUUGUGAAUAGGCUUCAUAAGAGAGGGACUCUACUGAAUCUUGUGAACUUACAUAAGAAGGCAGGCAAGCAGAUAGAAGAGCCAUUGGUCAUGUAUCUUACUAUUGAGCUGCUACAUAUAAUAGAGAAACUACAUAAAUGUAAUAUUAUACAUGGGGACAUUAAACCUGACAAUUUCCUUGUUAUGGACAUACCACAACUAGAUGAUGACGUGUUUGUUGAAGAAAACAAAGUUCUCAAGUUGAUCGAUUUUGGUCGGAGUAUUGAUAUGGAGAUGUUCGAUGCUGGAACUACUUUCACGGCUCAAGUUAAGACAUCGGGAUUCCAGUGUAUCGAAAUGAUGACGCAUAGACCAUGGACAUACCAGACUGAUUUAUUUGGAAUCGUGGGUACAGUACAUGUGCUGAUGUUUGGUGAAUAUAUGAAUGUAAUUCAACAAAACAACCAGUGGAAGACAUCGCAAACUGUUAAAAGAGCAGCUGAUACUAACAGUCAAUAG